AUGGAAGCCAUGAACGUCGUCCUCCUCCUCCUUUUCCCUCUGUUCUUCACCAUCACGAUUCAAUCCUCCCCCAAACCCUCAUUAUCACUGCCACGUUUCGUCAAUUCUCUCAGACAAAACUCCAGUAAUGAGACGAUCGACGUCCCUGCUCCGGAGUACUUCGAGGUCACUCUCCCACUUCCCACCGACGACGCUACUCCGGCAUGCUCCGUCAACGUACUUAGUGACAGCUUUGGAAACACCUCCGCCACUACCGGAAUCAAUGUUUGCUAUACUCCACCAAAUGCCACAUGUGAAUGGUCCCACGCCGUCCUUCACUACCAAGCGGAAUAUAAAGGUGAUCAGUACGAAAGUAUCGCCGGCGUCUGGAUGGACGGAGUCGAGCUGUUGCGGACGAGUACGGCUCAGCCGACUGAAGACGGAGUCCUCUGGAAUGUUCGGAAGGACGUGACUAGGUAUUCUUCGAUUUUCACUCGAGAAAAUCUCACUCUCUCCGUCAAGCUCGAAAACCUUGGAAACGGCGAGUUCACUGGCGUUUAUCAGGUUAAUGUCUCUUUGCUCUUUUACUCUGAUAAGGCCGUUAGGUUUCCGGUAUCUGUCGUUUCAGGGGAAUCAGAAGCUCAGCCGCUGAAUAGAAAAUUGAUUUCUGAUAAGACUCGUGAAAAUAAGGAUAAAUUAGAGCUUGAUCGAGUGCUAAAAUCGUUAUAUCCCUAUGAAAAAUCAGCAGAUUUGAUCGUUCCGAUCUCUGGAGCUCUUGAUGAGGGGCAUUGGUUUAGAAUCCAUGAUGAAUCUGAUGUACGAACAACAAAUGUUCAAAUUCCUCCGACGACUUACAAAGCGGUGCUUGAAUUAUACGUUUCGUUUCAUGGAGGCGAUGAAUUCUGGUACUUGAAUCCGCCGGAUUCGUAUAUACAAGCCAACCAUUUGCCCACCGGAAGAACUCAUGGAGCGUACCGUGAAGUUUUGGUGACAAUCGACGGGAAAUUGGUCGGAACUGUGAUUCCUUUUCCGGUGAUAUUCGCUAAAGGAAUCAAUCCUUUGUUUUGGGAGCCAGUUGUGUCCAUUGGAGCUUUUGAUCUUCCUUCUUAUGAUAUCGAUUUAACUCCAUUUUUAGGGCUUCUUUCGGACAACAAAAUUCAUUCAAUCGGACUUCAGGUUGCUAAUGGCAUUUCAUAUUGGCUGGUGGAUGCAAAUCUACAUCUUUGGUUGGAUGAUUCAAAUGUACAAGCGAUCGUGAAGUACGAAGAUCCAACAAUGGAUAUCGAAAACGAGUUUGAAUUCGAAGGUCUCGAAGGCAAAUUCGAGACCGAAGUCGAAAGGAAGACUAAAGCUACAUCAUGGGUACAAUCAAGUUCAGGCCUUCAGAAAACCAAAGUAACACAAGAAAUCAUCUUCAAAAACAAGCUCAAGAUCAAAGAUGGCGGAACCACAAAACAACUCGAACAGAAGAUCAAAACCACGACCAAAAUAAAGAUGACAAACGGAAUGGGAGAAUCAAUCGGAAAAAUCCAAAUGGAGAAAAUAUAUCCUGUCAUGAUCACCAUUCAAUCACAGCCAUUAGCGGAUAAAAACGCCACCCUGAUGACCACGAGCGUGGUGCAAAGGCGAAGCGAGAGUUUUUCUAACAAAAGAAGCUCGAUAUCGAGGGAGUUGAAACACAAGCAAAAUUGUACGGGUUCGAUGCUGGUGAACGGUAAUUCGGUGAACGGUAAUUCGGUGAUCGGGGGAUCGGUAGAAAACCAUCAGAGUUACGAGUUCACGAAUGAGGCCGGUUGUUAUUCUCGAAAGGUUGAUGUGGUAGAUGGUGUAGUUAUUGCAGAUGAAACAAUGCUGGUUUGUGUAGAUUAAGCCAUGCUUAAUCUGGUAAGACAUUCCAUGCUCCCUGGAGG